GUACAGUCUCUUUAGCUCAGUGGGCUUGUUUGUUUGGGUUUAAAGACCAGUGGUCGGGAGGAGGAGGAGGAGGAGGGAGACAGGAACGGAAAAGAGGCUGACAUUACCCAGAGCUUCAACCAGACCACAGAUGAUGGGUACGCGAGGACAAUGAUUGUUCCUACAUAGUGUCAAGAAAUAGAUGAUGUGAGUUCUGAACGGAAGCUGUUGGACUGUGGACUGUGAGCUCCGCCAUGGAGGCCCGGUUUGGCCCUGUGGUGUUCAGCUCUCGGUUUGAUUCUGGGAACCUGGCCAGAGUGGAGAGAGUGGACCGGGCCGGAUCAGAUGGGGAGCCCGCUGCCAACGGCAACAAUGGCCCUCUCUCCACUCCGGACUACGAGUUCAACAUCUGGACCAAGCCCGAUUGUGCGGACACAGAGUUUGAGAACGGCAACCGGUCAUGGUUCUACUUCAGUGUGCGGGGUGUCGCCCCAGGGAAGCUGCUGAAGAUUAAUGUGAUGAACAUGAACAAGCAGAGCAAGCUGUACUCUCAAGGCAUGACCCCGUUUGUGCGCACGCUGCCCGUGAGGAUGCGCUGGGAAAGGGUUCGGGAACGGCCCACGUUCGAGCUGUCAGAGAAUCAGUUCACCCUGUCCUUUGUCCAUCGCCUGUCGGAGGUGCGCGGCGCCACCACCUACUUUGCCUUCUGCUACCCCUUCUCUUACGCCGAGAGUCAGGACAUGCUGCAGCAGCUGGACCAGAGGCUGCUUAGCACCACCCAUUCUCUAGGACCAUGCAGUCCUGUUGACUCUGUGUAUUACCACCGUGAGCUGCUGUGCCACUCUCUGGACGGGCACCGCGUGGACCUGCUAACGGUGUCCUCCUGCCACGGCAUCCAGGAGGACAGAGAGCCCAGGCUGGACAAGCUUUUCCCUGACCACAGCACUCCCAGAGCACAUCGCUUCGUAGGGAAAAGGGUGUUUUUCCUGAGCAGUCGAGUGCACCCAGGAGAGACGCCGGCCAGCUUCGUCUUCAACGGUUUCCUGAAGUUUAUCCUCAAUCGGGACGACCCGCGGGCCCAAAUACUGCGCAGGAUGUUUGUGUUCAAACUCAUUCCCAUGCUCAACCCUGACGGUGUUGUCAGAGGUCACUACAGGACGGACUCCCGCGGGGUCAACCUGAACCGGCAGUACUUGAGCCCCAGUCCCGAGCUGCACCCCUCCAUCUACGGGGCAAAAGCCCUGCUGCUCUUCCACCACCAGCACAACCGCCUGGGCCCCCAGCCGCCCUGCUGGAAGCCCUCCGGCACCCAGGGCCCCCUCAGUGCCAAGAUCUCCAACCUGGCCAACACCCACCCAGGCCCCGGGCCCAUCCCCAUCCCCAUCCCCGGCCCCGGGUCCGGGCCAAACCAGCCCAGCGAGCUGGAACGGCUCAACCGGAGGAACGAGGCGGAGCGCAGCGGGGACGGGCUGGCCAUCACGGCGCCGGGUCUGCAGCAGCCCAUGCAGCUGGAGGCCGAGGGCGAGGGGGGCGGCGGCUGGGAGAAGGACGCCGUGGAGCGGGAGGAGGGGCCCUGCGACGAGAACGAGACGGCGGCCAACCCGGCGGCUCCGGUGGCGCAGGGCACGCCCCCCGUGGAGCAGAUCCCGCCCCAAGAGAGCGGCGUGGCCUAUUACGUAGACCUGCACGGCCACGCCUCCAAGCGAGGGUGUUUCAUGUAUGGGAACAGCCUGACUGAUGAAACUGAGCAGGUAGAGAAUCUGCUCUAUCCAAAGCUGAUAGCUGUGAACUCUGCCCACUUUGACUACCUGGGCUGUAACUUCUCCGAAAAGAAUAUGUACGCACGGGACAAGCGUGAUGGCCAGUCAAAAGAGGGCAGUGGAAGAGUGGCCAUUCAUAAAGCUAUUGGCCUUAUCCACAGUUACACUCUGGAGUGUAAUUACAAUACUGGCCGUUCGGUCAAUGCCAUUCCCCCUGCGUGUCAUGACAACGGUCGAGCAACACCCCCACCACCUCCCACCUUCCCACCCAAAUACACACCUGAUAUAUACGAGCAGGUGGGGCGCGCUGUCGCCGUGGCAGCCCUGGACAUGGCGGAGUGUAACCCGUGGCCCCGGCUCAUUCUGUCGGAGCACAGCUGCCUGCCAAACCUGCGUGCCUCUCUGCUCAAACAGGUGCGCAACAGCAAAGGAGUCAGCACCAGUGUCAGGAGGAACGGCUCCAAAACUGGCAGCCCCCCCAAAAACACUGGCCUGAGCACCUCUGCCUCAGAGAACUCCCUGAGCCGGACGCGUAGCAACAGCACCAGUGUUGGCGCGCCCCACGCUGGCCAGCAGGUGUCCCCGCAGCUCAAGAGCUCCCCCAGCUUCACCUUUGGCUGUGGGCCCUCAGGCCACGCCCCUGCCCCCUCCUCCUCCUCCACCCCACACAGGCCCGCCCACAGGGCCCUGGGACCCGUCAGAGAGUCUAAAGCUCAGGAGAAGAGGCGAUCCCACCACCACCGUCCUCUGUUACGGUCUCCUAACACCAGCCAGCCUGCCCUCUCCCGUCCCUCCCUCUCUAACUCCUCCUCGUCGUCCUCCUCCUCACCCUCCUCCUCCUCUUCCUCCACCUCCGGCCCCAACCCAAGCCCCUGCUCCAUCAGCAUGGCAGGCAACAGUUGCCCUGAUUUCCGCCCGUCGUCACAGGGCAAAGACUUUCCGACGCGGACUGGGCGGUGGGGCAGAGGGGCCAAGACGAACACGGGGUACCAUCAUCACGCAACGCCUCCGAAACGGGGCUCACUCACCAAACAGACCUCUUUGAGAGAGGGGCCCAUCAACUUCCUGUCUUCCAUCGAAUACACCAAGUGUGAGCUGCAGCCCAGGCCUAGCCGGAUCCCAGUGCGAAGGCUGGACUCACACGACACUCUGGCCCCACCGACACCAACAUCCCCACCCAAGACCACUGAGCACACAGGCCCCAGCCCUGAUAGCACCAGCGCCACUAUGAAGGUGUGGAGACUGAUCAAGCCUGGUAUCAAGAAACACCUGUCCUUCGCAGGAGUGACUGCGAAGGAGAGUCCGGCUCUGAGUCUGGCCUCCAAAGCUCUGCUUAGGAACUCUGCAGUUGCCCGCAGUUACCUUUACUCAGAUGGCAUCACAGCAGAGACACCAGUGUCCGAUUCCAGCGUGCAGUUGUGCUCUGGUCAGUCUUUGCAGGAGAUCACCCCUGAAGUGGUGUCAGACCCAGCAGCAGUAUGUGGGACAGUGCUUUUGCUGACUGAAGCCUAGGACCUCAACACCAGGCUACCACAAACCUGCAGAAAGCAAAGGCAUUGAGUCACUAUGACUAUAAGGACAUAAUAUGUUCACUGCUCACUUCUCCUCAUAUGCAGUUUCACACAGAUGGAAAGAUAUGAAACAUUUUGGGUCACAAACUUUCAAUUUGCAGCAGUGAUGACUGCUGCUUUAUCACUACACUGAAAUCAUGGAUAGAAGCCGACUUUGAGAUUUGCGCUAGACUUGCACAUAGUCACUGAUGCCCCACAAGCACUUUCAACAUACUGUAGCAAGACUGAAUUACUGCAACUUAUCAUUGCGCCUUUUAAUUAAUGUGUGACAUAUUUGUUGUGAAAUAAAAUGUAGCCUAUUCUUAAUUAUUGUUCACACAUUUGCAUGAUACUGUUGUCUCACUGGUGAUUUUGUUCUUUUUUUGUUUUUAAAUUACAAACCAUGUCUCUUUGUGCUUGUUAUUCUUUGGUUUCUAUAAUUCUGUCAGCAGAUCAGAAUGCUGUGUGGAUAUGCAGCAGUUGUGUGUAUGACAGCAACACUUAUUAUCAUUGAUGGUUCAGAGAUUCAUAAUUCCCAGUGUUUGGGAGGCUAUGCCUUCGAAUAUGCUCAGUUUCCUAUCAUACACUAAUAAAUAUUU